AUGUCCGACUUGGGGCUCACGGCUGCGGGGAGUAGCACUUACUCCUCGAAUACACUCCAUGUGGGAGAUGGCACUUGGGACUCGCAGCGCGAUACGUUUUUGCUACCCAAUCUGAUGGGUGUGAAUUUUGAGACAAUGAGAUACAAUGGCAUGGGCAAUCGUUUCAAGGAUAUGGCUGGGUACCAUUCCAUAAUCAUCGCGCAUGGUGUUAUUGCAACAAUUGUUUUCUUGGGCCUCGUCCCCAUCUCGACCCUAAUCAUCCGAUACUAUUCCCGAUGGAAUCCAUUCUGGGCAUUCAAGCUCCACGCGUGGUGUCAGGUACUCACGCUUCUCUUGUCGACAGUGGUGUUUGUACUGGGCUGGUUUGCUGUCGGUCCGAAGCGGAGCCUAACCAACCCGCACCAUGGAAUUGGCCUGGCGAUCUAUGUUAUGGUGAUUUUCCAGGUACUAUGGGGCUGGUUUGUGCACAGAAAGGAGAGUAAACGAACACGGCACCAUGUUCCGUUGAAGCUCGUGAUUCAUCGGUGGAUGGGCAGAGCAUUAGCCAUUCUGGGGAUCGUUCAAAUCCCAUUGGGUCUGACGCUCUAUGGCUCCCCAAAAAUUCUUUUCAUCCUCUACGCGCUUGGGGCAUUUGCCCUGCUAGUGACUUACUUUGUCCUAUCCUACCUUUACGAUGAUGAGGGAUUCCACAUGGCAAGCGAGCACGGUAGCCGAUACACGGGCCCUUCAGUCGUGGAAGAACAUCACGGUGGAGGUGGCGGGGCCGGCCUUGGCCAAGCUCUGGCUGGCGGCGCUCUGGGCGCAGGACUGGCUUCAAUCUUCCGACGACGCCACCGGAACACGAGUCAGGCAUAUGAAGAAUCCCGAACGUCUUACUCAGAUAAGUAUUCUGAUGAAUCCUCCCGCCAUCAUGGUGGAGGUGGUGGGGGAUGGGGAAAGAAGCUUCUUGAAAUCGGUGCAUUGGCUGGUGCCGGUAUGCUUGCAAAGAAGUGGUGGGACCGCCGACGACAGCGUGAAGAUGACACCGAAUCGGGCCACUACAAGCCCGCCCACUCGCGAAGUGACAGCUACACCGAAGACUCUCUUAGCCGUCUGGAAGAUGCGCGGCCAGAACCCGCUCGCCCACCAAUCGCCGGUCGUCCUCCAAGCCACCCACCUAGCCGGCCUCAAAGCCCUGGCUCAUCAUACUAUUACAACAGCACAUACCUGUCCGGGCAGCGGGAACGGCGUGCCUCUCAUGGCGUCCGGGAUGCGUUGCUCGGCGCUGGUGCUUUUGCUGCGGUUAAACGAUUGUUUAGUCGCAAUAAAGACAAGGACGACGAAGAAAAGCGCCGGGUGGAGAUGAUUCGCCGGCAAGAGGAAGAAGAUGAGGCGCUUCAAAGAGCAAACAGCAAACGGCGGCGCCAGGAGACUGGAUCAGGACCCUACCCUCAACGACGACGGCCAAGCCCUUACUCUGAGAGUGACUUGACUCCUACGGAUCUGACCCCCAGACCACAGCCUGCACCGCCACGGCUUGCAUCAGUGAGUUCCAUGCUCAGCCCAGAGCCCAUGGCAACAGGAGCUGCUCAUGGUGCUCCUUCCGAUAUUCCUCCCCUUCCUCCAGUGCACCAAGAAUUGUCCGGAGACUUCCCAUCUGAGCGGCCACACUCUCAUCACUCCCAUCAUGCAGAAGAGUUGGCAGCCGGUGCUGCUGCGGGAGCCGCAAUGAGUGCUGCUGCCUCUAGCCACCGCCGCAACAGCGGGAGUCGCCGCCGAGAUGACAGUCGACGCCGUGCCGAUAGCCGGCAUCGGUCUGACCACGUCGCGUCUCCACCGGUAUCAGUGAAAGUGAAGAUGCACAACGACGGCAGGCAUGUCACCCUUCGCCGCCUGACAGAAGAGGAAGCUGCCGCCCAACGCGAAGCACGACGCCGUGAACGCAGAAACUCGCGGCGUCGGGGUAGUAGCGCUGGCUCCCUCUCUGGCGAUGAAGGUCGGGAUUAUGACCGCUGGCGGCGUGUCGAGGAAUUGGAACGCCAGCAGGCUGAGCAUAUUCAACGAGAGCGACAACAAGCAGCCGCCGCUGCGGCAUCCGCGGCGCCCUCAGCCAGCGUCCCUCCAUCCUCCUUCCACCCCUCUCAAUCCCAGAUCAGCCAUGUGCCACCUCCCCCGCCUGUUCCACCCCCAGCACCUUCAAGCAUGCCCUUCGGUGCGGGCAGUGUCGCUUCACCCGGUACAUGGACUGGUACCGAAGCCAGUGGGUCCUAUGCCAAUAACCGCCGACGCCGGCGUGCCGAGCGAGCACGGGCAAAGCAGGACAAACAGCAGCAUGGCGUGGAGUUUGAGUAA